UUUCAAUGCUGCAAUUGUUCAAUGCAAACUGUCACAAUACUUAUGUCAACAUAUAUACGGUCGCACAAUCGCGUGCAUUCGCGUACAAUAUUCUCGUGUGUGAAUUCAUUUGCUUGUGGGCAGCCAAGUGCCAAUUAUAAAGCAGAAAAAGUCAUGUCAGAUAAACUGAAUUUCCCGAAGCAUACCGGAAUACGAGAAGCUUCAUUGUUGGUGGUCAAAGAAAAGUGCGGACGUUAUACAUUGAUACGUGAACCAUUAUAUCUGGACAGAUGUGUCGUAUGCAGUGAGGCCGAUUGGGAUGAAUACUUUGAGAUACAAGAGAUCUCAUCGAAGGAUACAUUCAUAUUUAAAGCUGAGGACAAUGUACGCACUAAACAAUGGUAUACACAGUUGCAAUAUCAUGCACAAGGUAUGGGUGGCUGGCGCAAAAGACGAAAUGCUUUGGCCAAUAUUAUGAUCAAUGGAAUGCUGGCACGCAGUUAAACUAUAUUUUAUGUGUAUAUCAACUAUAAAUCCCGUAGAGUAUAUUACCAAGAAAAAUAAUAAUAACAACAAAAACAACAACAACAAUU